UUAAAUUCGAUUCCUUCCCCAUGUGCCACAAUGGGUGUUGAUUGGUACCUCUGUUCGUCUGCUGUCCUCUACUUUCCAGCAGCCUUCGUGCCCAUUAGCCCUCUUGCUUCCGUCAGGAAUAAUAUCUCUUUUCUCAAAAUGGGCGCCGAACUAACUGUUACGGGAUGGUUCUUGUCACCAAUCAUACGGGAAAUGCAAGACACAGCUUUGUCCUACAUUAGGGGGCAAUUUAGUUGGAAGAAGGAUCAAGAGAAGGACCUCGAACGCCUCGACACUAUCCUUACGGAGAUCCUGAGUGUUGUGGAUGUCAUUGAGAAGCGGGAGAUCAAGGAUGGCAACCAGAAGAGGCUGCUAAGCAUACUUAAAGACGCCAUUUACAGUGCUGUUGAUGUGCUGGACAGCUUCCAAUACAUGGUCCUGAAGUCCAAGAUUGACAGCCAAUCUAUGGUGAGUUGUGUAAGCUCAUCCUGUGUUAAUUUGAGUAAACGUUUGCUGGGUACCGACAAGUUCCGGACGAAGCUAACUGAUAUUUUGGAGAAACUAGGUGAGGUCAAAACGACUGCAGAUACCCUGUUCAAAGUAGUUACUUUUGACAAUGCUACUGCAAAGCUAUUGCCAGUAACACGGUUGCGCGUAACUUCCCCUUUGAAGGGAAAUAAUCAUAUAUAUGGUCGAAGAGAUGAGCUUGAUAACCUGAGAGAUAUGUUGCUGGAGGUGAGCGACAGUAAUGAACCUGGACCCAGUAACUCAAGUGUUCCAGUUAUAUCCAUUGUUGGUGUUGGUGGGGUUGGGAAGACUAGCCUAGCACAAUUGGCCUUGACAGAUGAACAGAUACGUAUGAAUUUUAGUCUCAGGUUGUGGGUUUCUGUGUCCGAUACUUACGAUGAGGUUCGAUUAACAAGGGACAUUUUAGAGUCUGUAACUGAUGCGAAUUAUCACACUGUUGCUGAAUUUGAUGAAUUGCAGAAUGCUCUUCGGGAAAAGAUAGAGGGAAAGAGAUUUCUUCUCAUACUAGAUGAUGUUUGGUAUGAUGAGGACAAGACAAAAUGGGAGAAUGAAUUACUAUGGAGCAAAGUUUUGUCUUCUUUGAAUACUGGACUGGGAGGGUCGAAGAUUUUGGUGACAACUCGAGCUGACAAAGCUAGUAAUAUCCUACGUGCUAGGACACCCCCUUUACGUUUGGGGGGAUUGGACAAGGAUGAUUACUGGUUGCUAUUCAGAAGCUGUGCCUUUUGUGACAAAUAUCCAGGGCAGUUUCCAGAACUCAAGGAAAUUGGAAUACAGAUUGCUCAGAGAUUAAAUGGUUUGCCUCUAGCAGCGAAGAUAAUCGGUCGCCUGCUGAAUGCCGAUUUAGAUGUUAUCCACUGGAAGAAAGUGCUGGAGAGUGAUUUAUCUGGUGAUGUUAUGAAGGUUCUCAGGUUGAGUUAUCAACACUUGCCUAUCAACUUAAAGCUAUGCUUCAGCUUCUGCAGCCUUUUCCCAAAGAAUUGGCAUUUUGAUCCUAAAAGGCUUACUGAAAUGUGGAUUGCGCAGGGUUUUGUACAGAAGGAGGAUUCAUAUGACACUGAUUUGAAUAUUGAGGAAGUAGCAAAGUGCUACUUCGAGGAACUUGUUCAAAGAUCAUUUUUUGAGCGCUCAUUGUUGGACCUUCCAACAGAGUAUGUAAUGCAUGAUUUGAUCAAUGACUUGGCUCGGCAUGUUUCAAAGGAUGAGUAUGUCAGGAUUGAAACUGAUAAACAAAAGGAGAUCCCACCAAACAUUCGCCAUCUGUCGAUAUCAGCAAACUUGUUAGGCAGCGUUGAGAAAGCAGAGUUGAGAAACUUGCGUACCCUGAUUGUUUGGAGGAAAACAUGGCCUUGCUUAAAACUGUCCCUUCGAGAUGAUGUAUUCAAGAAGUCCAAAAGCAUCCGCGUGCUGGACUUGACAGGUUGCUGCCUGGAGAGGCUGCCUACAUCAGUGGAAGUUCUUAAACAUUUGCGCUAUUUCGCUUUCCGUGUUCCUGAGAGGCCAUGGCAAACAUCAUUGGUUCGGCUUUACCACCUGGAGGUCUUGGUCACAAGAGGGCACUCCUGCCGGGAAAGUGAAUGUGUCAAUCUUCCUGCAAACAUGAAGAGUAACCUGCUAAAAUUGAGAAAAGCUUACCUUUUAAAUGUAGGUGGCGCCACAAUAUCUGGUUUUGGUGGACAAACUCUUCUCCAUGGCCCAGGGGAGUUCCACAUCAAGAAGGAGAGUGGCUAUAGGUUAAGUGAGCUAAAAGAGAUGAAAAAUAUCAGAGGACAACUAAAAAUUAGGUUUCUUGAGAAUGUUGAGCAUCAGCAACAGGCAGUCGAUGCCUGCCUAGAUUGCAAAGAGCAUAUCCAAUAUUUGGAACUUGAGUGGAGCCUCGAUGCAAAGGACCUAAUUUCUCAACUAGAUUAUGAUGUGCUCAAUGCACUUAGACCUCACCCUGAUCUUGACCGGCUAAAGAUCAUAGGAUACAGAGGAACGAGGUCACCCACUUGGUUUGAGACAAAUUGGUUGACUGCAUUGAGUUCUCUAGUUCUUGAGAACUGCAUGGGUUGGGUACAGUUGCCCCCUUUUGGUCAGCUUCCUCUGCUCAAGUACCUUGAACUGAGAAACAUGCACGCUGUAAGGCAGAUAGGUCAAGAGUUCUAUGGGAAUGGUGAGACGAACGGCUUUCCAAGGUUGGAAGACAUACUAUUUGAUGGCAUGCUCAACUGGGAAGAGUGGUCUGGAAUUCAAGAUGGUUUUUUGCUUCCAUGUCUUGAAAGACUGUGCAUAAAAAAAUGUCCUAAGCUUCGAGAAACACCAGCCUUUAGUGCAACACCAAGAGUUGAACUGGAAAUAGCAUCUGAUUCCCCGCCAGGCUCUUGUUUAAUUGAUUCACUAAUUGCAACAUCGUCGCUGUUGAUCUUUCUAGUCAGCUCGUACAGCUUCUUGAGAGACCUGAACACUGAGCAACUCAGUUAUGUUGCUGAAUUGAAUGUGAAGAACUGUACAGAUCCAAUACCAGCUGGUGGAUUUCUCCUACUUAACUCCCUUCAGGUGCUCAGGAUUAGCAACUGUUUAACUCUACUAUCAUACAUCAGUACAGAAGCAGUUGAAGACCCUGACACAAAGUUUCUCCCUCCAUCACUUCGCCAUCUUGAAAUAGCUGAAAGCAAUGUUCAGCCAAGUUUUUUACCACGGUUCUUGGAAGGCUUAACUUGCCUGUCCACCUUGGUGCUUAAUAGUUGCCAUUCUAUGACCUCAUUAUCAUUUGCUUAUGGACCCCACUGCCUCACUGCUCUAGAAACAAUAAUCAUUAGAGAUUGUGAUGACCUAGCUUCAUUGGACGGAUUUAGGAAUCUUAGUGCUCUCCGGAAGUUAGUUGUUGCCGAUUCUUACAGUUUCUGCUCCUUGCCAGCUGACUUCAAUACAGUGGGAUCUCUUGAGAAUCUAGUCAUAUGUGGGUGUCCAAUGAUGAGGUUUCUUCCCCAAGGUGGCCUCCCAACUUCAAUGCGGACGAUUUUGUUGUCACGAUGCCAUCCAGAGUUCGAUAGCGAGCUUCAAAGAAAGGAAGGUGCUGAGUGGAACAAGAUUGCUCAUAUCCCUGAGAAGAAACUAGAGAUAGAGCUGAAUGAUUUGUUGACUAUAUUUUCAACCAAUUCUUCCUGAAGAUGCUAUAACGCUCUAAGGAUUCAAAAACUGCUGGAGGUUGGGGAUGCCAAAUAUUGUGGUGAAAAACUGAAAGCCUAGCCUAAUCCACAUUGUGGGUGUGCUAGCUCUUUGAUCAUUGAAAGUUGAUACUGUAAUUCAGAAUCCAUCAGCAUCACUUCUAAACUUCUAGAGUCGUUUUUUUCCACCUAUGCAUGCUAGAAGUCGUUUUUUUCCACCUAUACAUCCUGGGGCAUUAACUAUCCUCGCGUGUGUGUAACCUCACGUCUCCACUACCACACGAAGAGCUGGUUUCCAAAAGUUGGUACUUUUGAUGUCAGGGCUAUGGCUCACGAGACUGUAAUUUGGAAUCUCCAUUAGCAUUUAAACUUGGAGAUCUGUGGACUGCCUCCCCCUAUUGGAAUAUGUGUCGAAUAUGUGUACAUGGUAGGUUACAGAUAGACUUGAGUUGUAAUUGGGUG